UGUUUAGCCGAACUUUAGGGCCAACUGCGGUCAAUCGCUGGCGGUGCUAGUGGUGCUACAGUGGGUCGUGUUAUGUGUGAAUUAUGAUCGUAUUUCAUUCCGGUUUGCCGUCUGGCUACAUUAGGAACCGUUCCUGCUUGCCGUUUCCCUGACGUCCCUGAGUCUAGCCGAGCGUUGCGGAGAAGAAUGAUACCCGCGAGCGCGCGGAAGGGCGCUCCAUAGCUGCGAGCACCGCUCCGACGGAAGAUAUGUUCGCCGUGACGCUGAUCAGCGGCUACAUCGUUACGUCUGUGAUCCUCUUCAAGUACCCCUGCCUCUUACAUCGUCGGAAGCAACUCAAAUUUCCCUGCCGACAUAUCAGUCACCGGGGUGGAUCGGCAGAAAAUUUGGAGAACACUUUGACAGCUUUCAGGCAUGCUCAGAAAGCCGGCACGGAUCUUUUGGAACUCGAUGUUCAGCUGACAAAAGACAAGAAAGUGGUUGUGUCUCAUGAUAACACACUGCUUCGUUCAGCUGGUGUCGACAAGCUCAUUUCAGACCUUGCUUACACGGAAAUACCGCCCUUGAAGUCAAGUCUGCCUGUUGACUUCUGGAAUGGACAGCCCUGUCCAGAGUCCAAGGAUCGCAGAAUGCCACUUCUCUGCGAAGUUUUUGCAGAAUUUCCGAGUACCCCCGUCAACAUUGACAUUAAAACGCCAAAUGAAGAGCUCAUCCAGGAGGUGCACAAGCUGAUCAAGCAAUUCAACAGAGAGGACAUCACAAUCUGGGGAAGCUUUCAUCACAGCGUCACCAAGAGAUGUUACGAGCUGAACCCGAGGAUCCCGUUGUUCUUCUCGGCUCGCAGCCUACUGUACCUGCUCAUCCUGACCUGCACUGGCCUGUUGCCUUUUUUCCCUAUCAAGGAAACCUGCCUCGAAGUUCUCUUGCCACAUGUGGCCACCAAGAUGCUGUCUUCGUCGGGAACAUCUACCAACAAACAAGACAUAAAAAACCCAGGAAUGAGGCAGCAAACCCAGUAUCUGAGAGGAAUGGUCCUGCUUAAACUGAUUGACUGGUUCAUUGUGAGAAAAUUUUUGAUAGAUCACCUUCGGAAGAGGGGAAUUCCCACUUACCUGUGGGUGCUGAACGAAAAAGAGGACUUCCAGCGGGCCUUCAGUCUCGGUGCGUGCGGCGUCAUGACCGACCGCCCUACGCUCCUGACAGAGUUUCUGCAGGAGAACCCCGACGUGGGAACAUGGCCAAAUGAAACUGACGCCUCCAACCAAGAAAGAAGAUAAUCUUGGACAUGCCUUCUUGGUACGGCACAAAAAAAGAAGUGCACGGAAAGCACAAAAGGGUUUUGAUUGGAAGAAAGCAAAAAGAUUUUCAUACUCUAGAGGAGCAGUGCAAGACCCACUUACCGAGCUCACAUUUACUUUUCUUGAGAUGAUUCGUUUAUAUCCUUUUCUGUCGAACGGCAGAAAUCCUCAAAUUUUUAUUUAUGGUGUGCCUCAUGAAAUGCUUGGCUCAUUAAUUUUUUUUGUGCACAUUGUCACAUAUUUCUCAUUUGCAGUCAAGAAGAGCUUUUCUUUGCAGCUUGUGCGAGUCUCUUGGCAAAGUUGUUACAUGUAUUUGUGUUUGUGACCUGGACCACACGUGGGACCGUCAGUUGUGCCAAUCUUUCGCAAUAACAAUCCUGGCUCACAGAACAACCUAUGUAUGAAAUUGGAAAAUCUUUAAUGCAUCGUAUCGUGUUAAUAUCAAAUUUACAGAUAUCGUGGUCAAUGGCACCGCUCACAAAAAGGAAGUGCAAUCAAGAGCAUCUACAAUGUACACAUUAUAUACACGGCAACAGAGUUCUGGGUAAAACUUCCUCAAACGUCCGAACAAAUCUUUUUUUUUUUUAGUGGUAGCAUCGUGUUGUUUUCAAUGCCAAAAUAUGCAAAGCAUAAAAAGUGUCCUCAAAAUAAUAGUAAUAAAAAAAAUGUUUGUCGUUA